UCUGGCUCUCUCCAUCUCUCACUCUCUCGUGUUCUCGGCAGCCGCUUCAACUCUCUCUAUCUCUAUCUCUUUCUCUUCAGAUCAAAACCCAGAUCGAGUCUCGGCAGCCUCUUGCCUCCGUCGUGCUCAAGCGUAUUUUGUUUUUGGUUGCUGAGAAAACUCUGGGAAAGAAUAGAAACUGAAAAUUUUGACAUUUCUUGCGAGCGUUUGGAAGGCCAAUGGCUCUUCGGCGAGCUUCAUCGUGCUUCUUCAACAAGCUCAAGCUCAAUGUCAAUCCCAAUCUCAACAACGUUGCUCAUCGCAAUCUUUCAGCGGAUGCAGGGGGCACUCGUCCUUUGCAUGAUAGCAUGAUGAAUCAGAUCUUUCAUCUUGACAUAAAUUCACAAAUUGGGAGUUGUAUGCCACUUGCUGCUAUGCGUAUCGGAACAAUGAUCCACAACAUUGAGAUGAACCCGGGUCAAGGUGGCAAGCUUGUUCGAGCUCCAGGGACUUGUGCAAAGAUCUUGAAAGAGCCAUCGUCUAAAUAUUGUUUAGUGAGAUUGCCUUCAGGUGCUGAGAAGUUGAUUAGCACUCGGUGCCGGGCCACAAUUGGUAUGAAUUCAAACCCAGGCCAUGCAGCUCGGAAGCUCAGGAAAGCUGGGCAGAGCCGUUGGUUGGGUAUAAGACCAAAAGUUCGAGGAGUGGCUAUGAAUCCAGUAGAUCAUCCACAUGGUGGAGGCGAGGGUAAGAGCAAGAGUAGUGGGAGUCAUGGAAAGUGUUCUCGCACUCCUUGGGGCAAGCCUUGUAAGUCUGGUUACAAAACUGGACCCCUUAAGCGCAGAAAGUAGUGUCAAUCAUUUUCUUUGUUUUGGUACUAUACUCUCAAAUCCAUUUAUGCACACUGUCAGACCCAUUGGAGAGUUUGUCUUUGGAAAUGCUUAAAUUUCACUUGAAGUGAAGAAGUUUUAUUGUGGAUUGAGUUCCUCUAGCUGAAUGCUAUUGCCAUCCCAUAAACACAUCUGUAUUUUUCAACAAUUGAAGGAAUCUUUGAUAAUUUGUGUUAGGCUGAUCAUA